GUCGAUCAAUCUCGAGCUUCACCUCAACAUUGGUCUGACCACCACAAUACCUGAUCAGCUCGAUACACUCACCAUGCCAGCAGCACUCAUUCUCAUCGCCGACGGCACUGAAGAGACUGAAUUCGUUGCAACGUAUGAUGUGCUCGUCCGUGCAGGAUUCAGUGUGAAGUCUGUUGGCGUUGGUCUAAAGAAUGAGUUUGCGACCUGCACGAGGAACAUCCGCAUAAUCCCCGAUGAACACGAUCUCGGAACCUUCAAAUACAACAGCGAGUCCCCUGAGUACGACGUCUUGAUUCUUCCCGGUGGCGGCCCGGGCGCUGCUACGUUUUGUGCCUCCGAACCGGUGCUUGAAGUAAUAUCGGCCUUCCGUGUGCAUAAGAAAUGGGUGGCGGCCAUAUGCGCCGGCACGACAGCACUAGUGGCAAACGUCAAGAAGUCUGACAGCGGAUCGGAGGAAAAGGGAACUGUGACCAGCCAUCCGAGCGUGGAGGCGGAGAUUAAGGCUGAGGGAUGGACGUACUCGCAGGAGAGAUGCGUUGUGGAUGACAGGUUCAAGUUGAUCACUUCAAGAGGACCUGGCACGGUGCUGCUGUUUGCCUUGACGAUUGUCGAGCAGCUGUGCGGGAGGGAGAAAAGGAAGGACGUUGAGGGACCAAUGCUCAUGCCUGCUAGCGAUAGCUUGGAUGGCACGGCUUGAUGAAACAGGGACUCCACGACUGAUCGGGGUAUUGAAAUUUUCCCAGCGUUCCAAUUUGGGCUAGGAAUCGAUGAGAUACAAACUUCCGUGGGCACUUCUUGCCGUCAAAAUAAUUAUCACAACAUGGG